AUGAUUUCAGUGUUAACUCGUCAUAUACAGGGGUCCAGAUCCAUUAGUUUAAUUCGAUAUGGUAUUUCUGCUAGCUAUAGCACUGGUCCAAUAUACAGCCAUCAUAACAAUACAGGCAAGACAAGAACUCGUCAGGGCAUAUAUGGGUCAACCGAAGUGUUGAACCCAUAUUUGACAUCGGACGAUAUCCCUACGGUAGAAUUAUGCUCUGAGGUUGUCGAUGAAUUCAGUUCACCGUAUGAGUUUAAAUCCCCGAUCAUCAUAUUGCAUGGGAUAUUCGGCAGUAAAUCAAAUAACCGGACCAUUGCCCGGAUUUUGAACAAAAAAUUGACACGCGAUGUGUUUUCUCUUGAUAUGAGAAACCACGGUGGCUCCCCGCAUAUUGGACGACAUGAUUACAUCGGUAUGGCAGCCGACGUCGAGAGAUGGAUCAAGUCACGUGAUUUCGAAGAGAAACCUAUAAUUGUGGGCCAUUCAAUGGGGGCCAAGACCGCGAUGAGCGUUGUGUUACGGAAACCUGACAUGUGUGCCAUGCUCGUAAGCAUGGACAACGCCCCAGUGGCAACGCAACCACAGAGUUCAUUCCCUCGGUAUGUCAAAGCCUUGUUGGGUAUCAUCGAAGACCCCACAAUGCAUACCGCACAACAAGCAAUGGAAAAAUUAAAAUCCGUGGAAGAAAGCGUUGUGGUAAGACAGUUCUUAAUGACAGUUCUACAAAAAGUGAAGGAUGAAAAGACCGGAGAGUACAGGUUCAAAUCGAGGAUUCCGUUAGGGAUCCUCAAUGACGCAAUAGUGAAGGGCAAUAUCGCCAAUUGGGAGUUCAACCCAUGGGUUCACAGAUGGACAGGCCCCAGCCUGUUCAUCAGGGGUACCCAAUCGCACUUCAUCGCCGACGAGUAUAUCCAAGACAUUGGUCGCUUCUUCCCUAACUUCGAAAUAAGAGACGUUGACGCCGGACACUGGUUGAAUACGGAAAAACCACAGGAAUGCGCGGAUCUAAUCUGCGAUUUUGUGGAAAGGCACGAGGAAGCGUAA